AUGAACAUCUCGUACAAAGGCUAUGUUGACCAGCCCAAGUUCUGGGAGUACCUGGGUGCAGAGGUUGCAUCAUUCCUCGAGAAGGACACGAAAGGCUUGUCCUAUUCUGAGUACAUUGGGCUGUACACUGCAGUCGCGGACCGCCUGUCGUGUAAUACAGUGAAAGUGUACGGAAUGAGCCUUAGUGGCAGUCCGGUAUCAUACGCAUCGAACUACGACUUGGCCGAGGAGAUGUACCUGCAAGUGACAGGCUUUAUGACCACGUAUCUCGGCCGCCAGCGCAACGAGGCAAUGCAUAGACAAGGCCUCCAGCUACUAGAGUUCUAUCAUGACACAUGGAAGCACUACCACGUGGCAGGCACGGAUGAUGGAUUCCAUAAGAGCUGUGGUCGCAACGUGUAUGCCAUCUGCGACCUGUUCCACCAAAUGUGGUACACUCAUCUGCUGCUGCCCAUCCAUGCCCACCUAAUGGACAGCAUGCACAUGCUGGUUAACGCCAAGCGGGAAAAUGCAGUUAUCGACGACGCUGUCCUACCGCCCACUGUCCGCCGCGGCAUCCGUUGCACGACCGGUGUGUAUGGCAUGCACUAUGAGACGCCGUACAUUACCAAGUCAGUCGAAUACCAUAGCCUCCGUCUGCGCAGCAUGUUCAACGCGGGCAAGAUAUGCGAGUACAUCCAUAGCGUGCACGAGUUGGUCGCUGCUGAGGAUUCGCUGGCUAACAGCUAUUUGCUAAAUGGCUCGAAGGAGAAUUUGAACAGCGUGCUCAACCAAGAGCUUAUCUUCAGGGUGUCAAGUCUGCUUCUCCAGACAAUGCCGGAGCUCUUGAAAACAAUGAGCAAGCACAACCUGCACGCACUGUUCAAGCUCCUUUCCCGAAUUCACCCUGAUGACGGCCUGGUGCCAAUGUGCAAGCACUUUGAGUCCUAUGUCAUUGAGCGCAUGACCGCCUCCAGCCCAGCCCGGACCAACGUCGAGAACUCGAUGCGUGCGGCCGCCGAAAACACACAUGCGUUUGUUACAUGGCUCAUUGCCGAAUACGACGAGCUGGCCGCCCUGGUGACCCAGGUCUUUGAUGGCGAUCAACAUCUAUUGACCUCACUGAACGCAUCAUUCAAGGAUGCAGUCAACUCCAACACACUUUACAAGUCGCUUGACCGCAAGGCGCCCGUGCUUAUCGCCGACUACAUCAGCUCGUUUCUCAAAGUUGGCAGCGCGUCGUUCAAGCAGCUUGAGUCGUCGGUGGCAGAUCCCGAAGGCGAGAUUGCGCUGCGUGUACGCCGAGUCAUGGACCUGCUAAAGUUUGUCAGGGAAAAGGACACGUUCUUCAAGUUUUAUGACCUCGAGCUGUCAAAGCGCCUGGUGGCCGAGCAAAGCAUCUCGUUCAGUCUUGAAGUGACCAUCGGAGGCAUCAUCAAAGAGGCCAUUGGCGUCGCGGGGACCCUGCGGCUGAAUGAAAUGCUGAGUGAUAUCCAGGUCAGCCAGAACCUCACCAAGGAGUUUGCCCGCAACGAGCACGGCCACGGGGUCAGCGUGAAUGUAAAGGUUCUUAAGGCCGUGACGUGGUCGCGCCAUCUGUCUGAAAGCAACCCGCCGCUCCCGCCGAUAUUAGACUCGAUCAGGCAGGACUUUACUGAAGUCCACAACCAGCAGCACUCUGGCCGCACACUCAGCUGGCUAACCGGCUACACCGUCAUUGUCACUAUGUACCAGCUAGCGAUCCUUGGUAUGUUCACCGCUGAAUCCGGGCCAGGCACCGGAUACGAUUCUGUCAAGGGACCGACGCUAACCUGCGGCCAGGUUAAGGAAGGGACAAAGAUGACGGAGGAGCAGACGCUGGCCGAGCUGGACUAUCUGAUAAAGUCGCGCCUCUUUGUUGCUACCAACAAGGUGCUGGGCCCGUCGACCAGAGUCCGCUUUAACGACCGGUUCCAAUCCAAGCAGCUGCGGGUCAAUCUCGCCGAAAUGCGCUGGGACCAGAAGCAGAAUGAGGCCAAGGAGGCUCUGCGUGAGGUGAUGGCAGACCGUCAAAACUUCCUCCGAGCCCUGAUCAUACGGAUUAUGAAGCAGAGGCAGAGGCUCUCGCAUAAGGCCCUGAAGAAUAAGGCGUUUGAAGAGGGGAAGAAGCGCACAGUCAUCGAGGUCAACGGAAUGUACUACCUGCGGUUGAUAGUCAUAAGCACUGUUGCGCUAUGGCUGCCGCUCUGCCUAUUCUACGGCGCCGUGUACCGACGCAGCGUCAAUGUCAACCACAUCCACAUCGAGGUCAUCGAUCUGGACAUGGGUCCGAUUGGCAAUGCUGUAACAAACGCGGCUAUGGGGGCUCUCCGCAACAACAACAACCCCACAUGGCGCUCGGCUAAGGAGUGGAUUAAAAACCAUGGCUGGGGCGGGGUAGUUGUCAACCCAGGCGCAUCAGACCGGCUGGCGCAGGCGCUGAAUGGCAGGCCUGAGUACAACCCAGACGACGCACUGACAGUGAUAGUUUCCAGCGGACGAAACCCAAUCGGCGAGCCCCUGUUUGCCCAGCCAGCUCUACUGGAGCUAGCCUUACACGUCCAAUCUAGAUUCGCGAUCAGGUCGCUGACUGACUUUAAGCGCUCUGGUGCAACAGCUACCCCAAACCUGAACGCGCUACUCAACCCUGUGUCGUACACCAAAAUUGAUCUGACGCCGCGGUUUUUCCGCUGGUUCUACGCAACACCAUUCUUCAACGGCGCCAUGCUGUUCAGGUACAUAAUCAGCGGUGCAUACAAGCGCAUUGGAGAAAACGUCGGCAUCAUGCUAGGCGAAAUUGCGAUCAUGGCCUGUGCUCUCGGGAUUACCGCCUGGCUCAGGCAGUACAUGGCUGUGAACGGCAUAUGCGAUGUGCCCGGAUUCAUCCAUGGCAACCCCUUUUACAACAGCCCUGUCCCCUACUACAAGGCAGAAGUCUCGGCACCAAUGCUCAUGGCUGAGAGGGACGACUCUGAAAGAAGAACCCUGCAUAUCGCCGACUCGCACAACGACGCCACCAGUGUCAAGGACGGAAAUCUGGGCGUGUAG